AUGUUGACUCAAGAAGAAAGAAACGAGAUCGUUCAAAUUUUCGAAAAGACGGGAAACAUCACGGAGGUUAGAAGAAGGGCCGGCCACAGCAGGAAUACUGUGAAGAGAAUCAUCAGUAAUGUUUCUAACAAGAAAGUUGGUCGUCCAGCAAACAAUAGUCCUGCCGCUGUUCGUCGAAUAAAACGUUUUGUGGAGAAGGAAGUUCGUGCUGGACACAAGGUGACCGCAAAGAUCAUCAAAGAGAACCUAAAACUGGAUUCCAGCCUUCGCACAAUACACACACUUUUAAAGGAAAAUGGCAUUACCUACGAAGUAACCAAACGGCAACUUCCGUUAAGCCGUUCUCAGAUGGUUUACAGGGCAAAUUUUGCCAAAAAGCAUCUUGAUCAAAAGACCAAUUUUUGUAAGUGGAUAUUCUCGGACAGAAAGAGGUUUUCAUUUGACGGACCAGACUAUUUGGCUUGCUACGGUACCUAUAAUGCUCGUUUAAAGCGAAUCAAACGUCAAGCAGGUGGUGGAAGUGUGAUGGCACUUGGCGCUAUAUUCAGCAAUGGUAACAUCAAGGUAAAUGUAAGUAAAAACUAUUACAAACAGUGUUUAUGAUUGCCACUUUAGACCUUCCAUGGGCCAUUGAGCAAGUGGGUCGUACAGGGUGGUACUGCCAGUAGGACAACUGCGCCCUUCACCCUUCCAAGGAAACUACCAACUUUUUGA